AUGGCAUCCGAGCCACUCCGUAUCGGCGUCCUUCUCGUCAAUUGCGUUCAACUGCUGGACCUGGCUGCCUUGGACUUGCUCUACAUGGCUAGUCCCGAAUGGCUCGAAGAUGUUGGAAUGCCCAAGCAUCUUGCUGACCUUGGUCGCCCAUGCGAGAUUCACUACAUCACGCGCGAUGGCCCGGAUACAAUGGCCGCGGUCACAUCAGAACUUUCCAUCCGAGUCAAUAGCUCAAUGAAAGACUCGGUCGUCGCACCCGGCAAUCUGGACAUCCUUUUCUUGCCAGGUCCUUCUCCCCGGGUCAUGCCACCCGCGGAAGAGUAUCUCGAGUUCAUUCGGAGGCACAAUGCAAUGGGGACAACCAUCAUGACUAUUUGCACUGGUGCAUUGGUCGCCGCACACGCAGGCAUCACCAAGGGCAAGACCGGCACCUCGCCCCGAUUCCUGAUUCCAUACCUGAGAAAGGCCUUCCCGGAUACCAAACUCUGGGAUGAUACCCUGCGGGUUACACGCGAUGGGAACCUUUGGAUGUGCGGUGGUAUCACCAAUGGACAUGACUUGGUGGCUGAGUAUCUCCGAGUAAAUUAUCCCGCUCCACUUGUCAAUACAGUCCUCGGCGCUGCAGAUGUUGCCCCACGUCCCCUUCAAUACCAGACCACGGCAACUCGCGACUCGGCCUUCUUCGUGUGGCAGAUCAUCAGGGCAAUUCCCAGUUCGAUUAUGCGAAUGCUUACCGCUCAUUGA